GACCAGGCGCAGCGCCCGGCGCCGCCACGUCACCGGCGAGAGGAUAAGAUGCCCCCGCCUCCUCGGUCCUCUCACACCUGCUCCACCCACUCCCACUCGUCGCCUCAGCCCCUCCAAGGCCUCUUCUCCCUCCCCCCCUCCACCUCGCCGUACACCUAGCCUUCCCCCCUACUCAGCGACGGCAGCAAGAGUCAUCCACGCCUGUGGCAACAAAGAUCCAACAAAUCACGCAUGGACGACAUGGACAUUGGAGCUGUAUGUGACGAGGGAUCUUCAGCCUCGGCAUUAUCGAGGAAAAGAACACCUGAACCUGGGGAAGAUGCCUACCUGAUAGUAAUUCCUUAUGCCCACAUAUUUGACCUUAUGCUAAAAGCUUUGAAGUUGCCCUCUGCAAGUUACUAUCACAAGAUAUGUCCAGGCAGCAAGAAUCGUGUGACGGUUACUUUCAAUUCUUCGCUGCAAUUGAUUGAUGGUUUGCUUGUUCCGACCUCAAUAUCGGGUGCAAUUUUACAUGCCUAUGAAGAUGCGGAAGACAGUGCUGCUAUCGCAGCUAUUAGGUACAUGGAAAAUGCAUACGGCAGACAAAUAAGAGACUACCACUACACCCAUGUCAAGAAGCUAGAAAAUGAAGUCAAGCAUCUGGUCAGAUGGUUAGUAGCAGCGAACAAGACAAUCAAAAAACUACGCAAAGGGUGGUACUACGCCGUCAGAUAUAUGAGUUCAUAUUCUAUUCAAAUGCAAAACACAACGACUGCUCGACACUUGAAAGGGCAAGAUAACACCAAAGGGGCUAUGAAAUCAUCACUUGCAAGCAUUGAAAAACUGAUAGAGAGGCUGCGCUAUAUUAGUAUGAAGUCUGAACAGCGCCUGGAGACUACAAGAGAUAGCUUUUGGUGAACUUCGGUCAAUAUGCGCUCACCAGGAUGCUUCUAAGCUUACUAGAACAGCUUCCUUUUGUUUCAUAUCAAGCAGCAUGGUCUAUUGAUGCUUUUGGAGCACUCUAAGUAAGAUACAUAUUGUAGCCUUCCAUUGCUGCCUCUUUGGCUAAAAGAAGUGUAAAACUUUAAAUUCCAUUGUUAUCUCUACGGUUAAACUCACUUUCUCAUCGCUUGUUCUCU